UUUUCCCUCCCUCUGCCCGGUUUGGGAUUUGCUGCUCGGAGACAUGCCUCCCUCUGCCUGGCUCCUUAUAGCCCCGGGGAGGCAGGAGUCCCGGACGAGUGGUACGGACAUCGCCGACGGAGACCGCAAACACGGCGCGGAGCGUUUAAACACGGUCUUAUGACUACAGACUGCUUCAGGUCAGACGAGCGGAGGAGCGGAGCACAGAGCAGAGACAGCCCGGGACGGGGGAGGACUCAGGCAGAGACAGGGACUGAGAACCGGGGACACUCAGGACACAGCUGUCUGCUCGGGCUGAAUGUUUGGAGACAGACGAGGAAGAGGACAGCUGGAGAUACACGGAGACUACAACACCUGUCAGCAGGAUUUAGUUUUUUGGGCCAACCGUUGCACCCAGAGGAUACAUUUUCUUCCUCUCCUGCAGCUCUGAGGUCAUGUGUCGCCUGCCCGUGGCUUCACUCCUCGUUUGCUUCUGGUUGGUGGAGAGGAGCCAGUGUGACGGCAGCUUUCAGGACAGUAUGGGAGAACUGCACACCCGCUUUGCUGUCAGCCUCUACCACACUCUCACUGAGACAGAGAACAACUCCAACCUGAUCGUGUCACCAGUCAGCGUGUCUUUGUCUCUGGGGCUGCUGCAGCUAGGGGCUAAGGGCAACACGCUGGCUCAGCUGGAGGGAACGCUAGGAUACAACGUGAACGACGCCCAGGUACAUGACUUCCUGAUGCACUCGCAGAUUGAUGAGAGUAACAACAGCCAGGGGAUGUGGCUGCAGCAAACCUGCACGUUAUUUGUUCAGAGCGGCAUCCAGCUCCUCACACAGUUCACACAACACGCAGCAGCCUGGGCCAACACCACAGUGGUCCGAGCCAACUUCAGCCAGCCAAACAACACAGUACAACGCAGCCAGCCGGAGAGAGUGGGGCACAACCACGGUGAGCAAGAUGAGAUGAUCCUCCAGUCAGGGAGCAGCAGCGGGGAGCUGUCGGGGUCUGGAGAACCCCAGGUGGAGGCACUGUGGUGGGGUCACCGGCUGCAGAUGGCGCUGGUCAACAAGGUGUCGUUCAGGGGCGUCUGGCAGAAACAGUUCCUAUUCACCAACACCCAGAACCUUCCCUUUAUCCUGUCUGAUGGGACCGCCAUCAAGGUGCCCAUGAUGUAUCAGGCAACAGAGGUCAGCUUUGGCCAGUUCAGGACAGCGCUAGAUCAGCGGUACACUGUUUUAGAGCUGCCGUACCUGGACCGCUCCCUGAGCCUGCAGGUGAUCCUUCCCAGCGAGAGGAAGACGCCGCUAUCCUCCAUAGAGUCACAGCUCACAGCUCGCCACCUGGCCUCCUGGAACACUGGCCUGCGCAGAACCAAGAUGGACAUUUUCCUCCCCAGGUUCAAAAUGCAGAACAAGUUCAACCUAAGGUCAGUGCUUCCUGCCAUGGGCAUCAGCGACGCCUUCAAUCCAUCAGCAGCAGAUUUCACUGGAAUAUCAGUGGAGGAGAGUCUUUAUGUGUCUGAUGCUUUCCAUGAAGUGAGGAUAGAAGUCACUGAAGAUGGGACGAAAGCAGCUGCUGCUACAGCGAUGGUGCUACUCAAACGAUCCCGUGCUCCAGUGUUCAAAGCGGAUCGACCGUUUUUAUUUCUCCUACGACAAAUUAACACAGGUACGAUCUUGUUCAUGGGCCGAGUGAUGAACCCAGCCGACCAUUCGUCCUAAGACUCAAACACCCAAUCACGCCACACCCACUCCUGCCCCGACCCUUUAUUUCACUUCUGGUAUUUAUUUUGUGGACCAACAGGAGGGUCCGCGGACACUUCAGGAAGAGGGACAAUAUUUUUGUACAUGUCUGUAAAUAAAAUUUUAAUACAUGUUUUUAAA